AUGGAGGCCAGCGAGUGGGAUCACGCGACCUUGAGGGAAGAGGAAUUCGAGCAGCAUGCCGUAUAUUUGGUACCGGAUGUGGCGGCAUCGCCAGGCGAUACCAAUCGUGCGGAGGCAUCCCUGCCAAGAAAUUUGGUGCUUAAACCUUCUCAGGCCCUCAACGAUGUACGUUCCUCCGCCAAAGAAUCCUUUCUCGAGACCUCCUCGGUUUUGGGAGUUUGGAGCACAAGUUACAUCCCCAAGGGGACACGGUUCGGUCCUCUUGUUGGACAAGUGUACACCAAGGAUUCGGUGCCGGCCGACGCGAACCGGAAGUACUUCUGGAGGGUAAGAAUCAUUCAAAGUGCAUGUUCGAAAUCCUCCCGUAGCAGUUAUGUGUACAAAAACAACGAGCUGUUCUAUUACAUCGACGGUUAUGACGUCCAGAAAUCAAAUUGGAUGCGUUACGUAAACCCGGCUUAUUCGUCCGAAUCGCAGAACCUAAUAGCAUGCCAGUAUAAGAUGAACAUUUAUUUUUACACAAUCAAGCCGAUACUACCGAAUCAAGAGCUUCUGGUGUGGUAUUGCCGAGAGUUCGCAGAAAGGCUCAAUUACCCAUUAACGGGUGAACUGAUGCUUCAGAGAAUACGACAACAAGUACAACAAUCUACGUUACCAACGGAAAUUCCACCCACGGUGGACGUGGUGUCGCCGCUAAAGGACUCGUCGAUUUACGAGAGACGCUCGCAAAUGACCCCGACGGACGGUUCCGUUAGAUCGGACGAAGGCUAUCAUUCGAAUGGUUAUCACGACGAGAUCCUCACGCCCCCGGAAGAGAGCAGCGAAUCGGACUCGGAGAACAAUUACGUGCUGGAUUUCAGCAAGAACGCGAAAACGUCGGUAUGCAACAACGAGGUGCUGAAACAGGACAAUGCAGUGGCGAAGAACGAGUACAGGAAGGUUAAGAUCAAGAUCACCAAGACCUACGGGAACUUUCAGGCGUCGAAGAGCCUGGACGGCAGCGGGAAGGACAAAGAUCAGGAAUUGCCGAGCAGGGCGGUGACCCCGGUGGAACUACAGAAACCGUUGUCACCUAUAGUUCUUCAGAAGAACACGGUCCUGACGACGGUAACCGAAGACGAGAUCCCAGAGAAGAACCCGAAACCGUUCUACGAGUCCGAGGUGAAGGGUGCUUUGCCAAUCCACCAUCAGACGCACGUCGACUCGGUCACGCCACCGCCAUCCAGCCCAACGGAGAUGGCGUACUCUUACAAAAAGUCACACCGCUACGGCAACAUUCUGCCCUGCAGUCCCGAUUCCAGCUCGAAUUUACCCAUGCAGGCGGACACCUGCGUGAACUCCACCACCAGCUGUAACAGCGCCCUGCCGAUGCAAAGCCCUACGAGUAACCUGCAUUCGAGCACGGGGAACCUUCACUCGAGUACGGGCUGCUCCAAUCUACACUCCAGCAAUACCGGAUCCAACAACAUUCUACAGUCACAUCCAGGGAACAUCCAUUCGUCCAGCAAUUCGAACAAUCAUCACUCCAGUGCGAACGUCUUGUCGUCUAGCACGAUACUGACAUCUACGAGCAAUCUUCAUUCCUCGACGACGUCCAGUAACUGUAUGCCCAAGAGGAAGGCCAAGAGCCCGUCGCCGUCUGCGAAUCCCGCGGGUACAUCCACCACCCCAACGAUCCUCUACUCCAACUCCGGUGGAUGUCAAAUAGAAUCGAGUCCGGUGUAUCCUAGCUCGGCGGCGAACAGCAAUCAGAGCGUUUCGCCCAUUUCACCUAUUCAAUCGCCUUCGUCCUAUCCAUACGGCAUUUAUCAUCAGAACGGUUCGCUGCAUCACAACGUGGCGCCGUUAUCGAUCAACUGCACCGCCUACUCGCCGACGCCUAGCGGGAACGUAGUCUACGAGCGAGCCGACGGAAGAAGGCUGGAGACCGCCACCAGCAACCACCAAUUGCCCACUUCGUCGACCAUGCAGAUCGACAGUAACCAAACGUUAAUAGCCGGCACGCACAAUCUUCACCUGGGCCAUCAUCCGGGCCUUACCAUUCACGCAAACUCGUCGUCACUGAACCGAUACUCGCCCGCGAGCUCUUUGUCCCCGGACGAUCACGGUUGUUCGCAGAGCGGUUCGCUCAGUCCGAACUCGCAAGGAUCUAGGGGUUACAGGUCGCUGCCGUACCCAUUGAAGAAGAAGGACGGGAAAAUGCAUUACGAGUGCAACGUCUGCUGCAAAACAUUCGGCCAGCUGUCGAAUCUCAAGGUACACCUGAGGACUCAUUCCGGCGAGAGGCCGUUCAAGUGUAACGUUUGCACCAAGAGUUUCACUCAGCUGGCCCAUUUGCAGAAACAUCAUCUCGUGCAUACAGGCGAAAAACCACAUCAAUGCGAAAUCUGUAAGAAGAGGUUCAGCUCGACCUCAAACCUGAAGACCCAUCUGAGACUGCACUCCGGACAAAAGCCGUACGCCUGUGACCUGUGUCCCGCGAAAUUCACUCAGUUCGUUCACCUCAAGUUGCACAAGAGGUUACACACGAACGAGAGGCCCUACACCUGUCAAGGUUGCGACAAAAAGUACAUUAGCGCGAGCGGUCUUAGGACUCAUUGGAAGACAACCAGUUGCAGACCAAAUAAUAUCGAGGACGAACUUGCCCUUGCCGCGGCCGUGGGUUCGCCGACGUAUUACGAAUACGGGCCGGACAUGAACGUCGGAAAUAUGCCGAAGGAAUGCGAGCUGGAGCACAUCGACAAUUACGAGAGGCAUGGCACCACGCACGGACCACACUCGACGUCUCUCCACAACCUGGAGAAUUCCGUAGGGCGGCCAAGCGUCAUAGAGACCUCCCAGCCUCACAUAAUCGAGUGCACCUAA